AUGCAACCAAGUGAAGGGACUGGUGAUAUUGCACUUGUAGAGAGAGAAGAAGAAAUUUUCACAGCCAUGAAGAAUGUUCAGUGUGAAUAUAUUGCCAAGAGUAUGGAAUUUCUAAAUUAUUUCGAAAGUGAUGGUAGUGGUGGUUACAUUGGAAUUGUAAUGCCAUUUUACAAGUUUGGAGAUUUGGAAACAUUUAUUGAAAGAUAUUUCACAUCAAGAGGAAAGAGAUUGACUGAUUUUCUAAUUGGUCAAAUCAUGACACAAUUAUGUAUUGCUGUCAAUUUAUCACACAAACAUAAUCUUGUUCAUUGUGAUAUCAAACUUUCAAACAUUCUUGUCAAAUCAUUUGAUGAAGAAAAUGAAACAUUUAUUGAGAUUGCAUUGGCUGACUUUGGAGAAACCUUUCGAACUGAUCACACAACCAAUACAGAUAAAAAGGGAACAGAUGACUACUUACCACCAGAGGCCUUUGAUGGCAAGUACGGAUUCAAGAUUGAUUGCUGUAGUAUGGGUGUUGUCCUUUUCAAAUUGCUUUGUCCACCAACUGAUGUAUCUAUUAGAAACUAUUUGGGAGAAUGUCAAACUAAAUACAAACACAAACAGCGUAACAUUUUCUUUAGCCAUUAUUGGUCAAAGAAGUUGGCGAAAUACAUGUCUGGUAUUGAAUAUCUCAAAGAUCAACCAUUACUACUUUCAAUGGUGAAUGGAUUUCUAACUUACGACAAGGAAAGUAGACUCACCAUAUUGAAUGCUCUCGAUCUAUGUUGCAUGAUUAUUAUGAUGCACAUACAUGGACAGAAUAAUAGUGUAAACUUAGACAAUUUGGAGAAUCCUUCACCUGUUUUGAUACUAUAUGAUCAAUUAUCAUUGAUUUCAGAUUUCAAUAAUGGUUCAAUGGAAUUGUUAUCCAAAUAUUACAAUGAAACGAAGCAAGGAAAUAGUUUAGGUAUUGCAUACAUGGUAGGAUUAAUCUUUUGUAGCAGUCUAUUGAAAAGAGAUUUCAGAAUUUGGGAAUUUCAAUUUAAUUUACAAACACCCAUUACCGAUACAGCAACAUUGGACAAAAUGAUACAAGAUCUUGAUCAACUAUCACUGAAAAUUAAGACCAAUGAGCCAUACUUGGGCUUUAUAUUUGAACAAUUACAUGCCAUUUCACUAAUGAACAAGAAAAUGCCUGAAAAAUCUUUACAAAGAUUGGAAAACUCUACAAAUUCAUUCUUCACAUUGGCAUGCCAAAAAAAAAAGUUACUACUUGUAGAAUUAUUGAAUGGAAUGACUUAUUCGUUGGUAGAUGAAUAUUCCAAGCUAAUCAAACUUUAUGGUGACAAGAGUAUGCUCUCUGGAUACUUUUAUUACAAAAGGGGUGUAAUGUUAUUCACCCUUUCUAAUGAUCAUCAAAAUGGUAUAGCUGACUUGAUACAUGCAAGGAAUUUAUCACCAAAUAGUUUGGGAUUAUAUGCAAUUAUGGUAAACUGCUUUUUAACUAUUGGCAGUAUUGAAAAUGCAAAACAAGUGUUUGAGCAAAUGUUGUUAUUGUCUGAGCACUUUGAGAUUAAUAGGUUAAACUUUAUUGCAAUGUUUUUAUCCAAUUGUUUAGGUUAUUUGGAUAAAGCAUUGGAAUAUGGUGAAAAACUUACUAGUCAAGAACUGUAUAGCAAGGACCCUGUAUUACUUCUCUUUUUAUCCAGAAUCUGUAGUAAUAGAGGCGAUAGCUCAAUGGAAUUGGGUUAUAUAGAAACGGCAUUGGAUAUAGAUCCACAUUGUUAUCAAGCUCACCAAAUGAAAAUCCUAUUUUAUAGAGCAGCUUUGGAUUUCACAGCAGAAAAAGAAGCUUUGCUCAAGUAUACAGCUCUGAAAAGGCAAAACCUUUUGCAUACCUCUGAAUUUCCCAUUGAACUUUUACCACUAUUACCAGAUGGCUCACCUCUUCCAAUAUUAUUACUAAAUGAACCUGAAAAGGAUGUUACAAGAAUUAAGGAAAUUACUUUUAAGGAAGCUGAGAAGACUGUUCAACAAUUUGAAACCAUUCAACCAUCACUAAUGCAAGAACCUACCACAAAUGAUUCAAUUCUUUCACCAGAAAUCAUCAUGCAAAUCAAAGUGAAAUUCAAAGGGAAAAACAAUGCUGUUUUCAUUGAUAUUUUGAAAACAGAUACAGACAUUCGUCAAGUAUUAGAUCGCUUGAAUAAGAUUGGAAACGAAAAGAGUACAGCAUAUGUUAAUAGAGUGGCAUUUUCAAUAGUGAAAGACGAUGAUUGUAUUUUAAUUACAUCAAUUCAUCAAUUAUCUAAAUAUGAUGAAGUAGUGGCUCUCACAAGUGAUGAAGAAAAAGAGUUUUGGGCGUAAAGUUCUAGAAAUGUUGGCAAAUCUGAAUUGUUGUUGUUCAGGAAUUUUAUUAAUAAAGGGAUAUAAAUGGAUAGAAUUAUC